CUUUCCUCACAAACUCAGUGUGGAAGCAAGUAGCCCACAUCAUAUCGUCAUGGAAACAGUAUGCGAGUGUUAGCAAGAGGGACUUAGGAACGAGAGAGGAACGAGGGAGGAAUGAGAGAGAGAGAGAGAGAGAGAGAGGAUGGAGAGGGAGAGGGAGAGGGACAGAGAACAAGUAGGAACUGCAUUAGAAAAUAAGCAGAGUCUCCAGAGCCGUCUGAAAGCAUCAAAACUAUUGGCACCCCAUCUAAUCUCUUGGCCCUUCAAGCAACUGUUUAAUAACUUCUGAGGAAUAUUUGCUGCACCAGACCAACUCUCACUGCUGCAGGGUGUGGAAUUCUCACAAUGUCCUCAAAGUCCAAGGAACUGAUAGAAUCUCUUUUGCUCUAAGAAAUAACAGUUCUGACACACUCGUUCCACCUAAAAGGCGAAGUGAAAGUCUGCUGUGGAAGAACUAUGGAGCACACGACUUUGUUUUGUCCAUCUCAGACUUGGAAAGGCCCGAAUGUUUCAACGUUUUCAUCUGAGUGGGAUGAUUCGCUGAACUCCUACCUGCUGGCACCUGAUGUGAUUAAACCUCCUCCACAAUUCCAAGAUCCAGAGGAACCAUCCCAGGCCACACCUACCAACAUCACUGUCAAUAGAAGGAGAGAUAAAGACGGGACCAGGACAGGAGCCACACAGAAAGAGCGCAGGAGCAGACCUGUCAGUGACAUGGAACAUCACAGACGUUCAUUAUCACUUUCCACAGCCAUCACCUCUAACCCAGGUGCAACACGACGCCGGUGUGAAAGCUACGCUCUGUCGUACUCCAGCAGCAGCUCUGACGACAGCGGCAGUGACAGCACCUCAGUGAGGAGAGGAGAUCCUGAUGCAGUUCCUCAGCACAAGCCUCGCAGCAUUGUUUUGAGAAAAGCCAAAAGAAAACCGACUCCUCCAACACGGACAGUGUCGCUGCCCAGACUUACAGACGCGAAGCCUGCAGAGCGCAGGACUCAGAGUCUCUACAUCCCCAAUGAUCCUCAGAAUGCCAUGCUCCUUCCUGAUCUUAUUCCAUUAUCUAAACAAGAAUCUGCUGACUCUGGGAAGACCACACUCACUCCCGAAGUUCCAAGAGAAGUUCCAGCGAAUAACCGGACCCUCUUGAGUCACAGGCCACUAAAAGAUCUAAGGUCUAGUGAACCCUGCAAGUCCAGCACAAGCUCAUCUGUGGGAUUUCCUCUAAAUGAACCUGCAAAAGUCCCUCAUAAUUCUGACUGUAACAAUUCUCCUUCAUCUUCUCGCUCUUCUCCUUCUCAGCCUUCUAUCUCCUCCCCUACUAAACCACCCGGCUCAGCGUCGCCCUCCAGUGGAUACUCCAGUCAGUGUGAGACUCCCACUCAGUCCACUGCCAUUACAGCCGGUGCCUGCAGGAUGCGGCCCAAAGCUUCCAGUGCUGUUUCUAGCCAGCAGGUCCGAAACUCCAGAGCAAGAUUAUCUCUGCAGUUACCAGAGACACAAGCAGUUACCGUGACUCCAGAACCUUCUAUCGUCCUGCCAAAAGUCAACCGGCGUUACUCUGAUGCCUCACACUCGAAGCAGAGACUGAGUAACAGCAUGAUGAUGAUGCCUGUGGUGACGCAGGAAGACCUGAACAAGGUGCGCUUGCGUUCUGUCAGCAGCACAGACCUCGACACCACAGCUGUCAUCGAGGAAGAGAAUGAAAGAGAUGCAGGAUCUGUUGCUGUUCAGAACAGUCCAAAAAACAAACCUCCUGUAGCACCAAAACCCCCUGCGUCUAAAUGGCCACCUUGUGCAGUAGCAGUGACUAAUUCUAGCACAACUUCUGCUGCAGAUCCGACUGUGAGCGAUGGCACUUACACACACAGUGGCAUUUAUUCAACAGUAAACAAAGUUAAGCCCAAGGUUGCUCUUCCAUGGAAUGCUGAUAAAGACCAUAAGCAGCUGCCUCAAGAGCAUAUGAAGGACACGAGUCAUUUACAAUCGCAGUGUACGGAUUAUACGUGUCCACCGUCCUUUCAAUCUGCUGCUGACAUCAAACCAAGUGAACCCCAGAAAAAGAGAAGAGCACCUGCUCCUCCGGUUUCAAAGAGACCCAGUACAGUAUAUUUACCCUGUGAUGGCACGUCUUCACUGGAGAAACACCUCCAGCUUCCUGCAAAGCCAGAGACUUCUCAGUGUGAAUACCAUGUCACAGUGUACGGACUCAUUCCUACUUAUUCUCAAGGUGAUGAAAAAGUACCACCUGUUGUACCUGAAUAUGAAUUAUAUGAUAAAGAGGACGGAGAAGUGCCAGAAAUCAGCGAUCUUCAUUUGGUGAACGAAGAAGAUGAGGUUUUUCUCCACAAACCUUCUUCUCACACAACAGAGGACCUUUUCACUAUUAUUCACAGGUCAAAGAGGAAACUUCUGGGUCGUAAAGACUCUUUAGAUAACAAGCAAGGUGACUUUGGCACCCACACGCUCACUGGUGUUUCCAAAUCUACUUACCAGAACGACAACUUCAUGGCUCUUCUGAGAAGGACGAGAAGCGCCAAGGCCGGCUGCGGAAGUCGAAUUUCAGCCGCAGAGCUUCUGAGGAGCUCGAAACCCGCCGGUGGUGCCGGCGCGCCUGAGCUGACAGCUUACAAAAAACACAACAUGAUGCAAUCUCACGGCCCGUGAGCAUGUCGGUGUCAUCCAUGAUGUUUUGGCUAAAUAUCACAGUGUCACAGUUCCGCUCGUUUCCGCUUGUGAACAAUCUGCUUUGUAUAAAAAAUACUGCUGCUGUUUGGAAUUUUCAGAAAUGUAACAGUUUAGAAAUUGUUUCAUCUUUAAAACUAAAAACUUUCUUUGGAAACUAAAAAUUUAAGUUGUGUAAAAUGAGUCAAAUCUUUGUAUUCUGCGUAAUGAAAGAUCUGGCUUUAAAUGGUCUACAUGUAGUUAUCGUUUAUGUUCUAUCAGAUCUGUUCUUUACAGCCUGAGUGGAAUUUUGUGAAACAGCAAAAGUAAUGCUGUAUAUUAUUGACUGUUUUCAGAACAUAUCAUACUGUAGAUUUAUUCACAUAUUAAAUUUUUAUCUAUACGGGACAAUCGUUCGUCUGGUACACAAAAUCCAACAUUAUAACAAAAAAGUUGAUUGUGUUGACUGCAGUACAAUAUAAAUAA